CUCGCUCGUGAAACAAUAACAUAUUAAAAUGGCAGCGAAGUUCGUGAUUGUUGCUCUGCUGGUGGCGGCUGCUCAGGGCAGCGCUAUCCAUGGUGCUGACUACACCAGCUUCUCAUACGGUGUGUCCGACCCCCACACCGGUGACGUCAAGAGCCAGCACGAGACCCGCGUCGGAGACAGCGUGGUCGGCCAGUACUCGCUCCUCGACUCUGACGGCACAAAACGCACCGUCGACUACGCCGCUGACGCUCACUCUGGAUUCAACGCCGUUGUCCGCAAAGACCCCGCGCUAUACGCUCACGCCGCCCCCGUCGUGGCUCACGCCGCCCCCGUCGUGGCUCACGCCGCUCCCGUCGCCUACGCCGCUCCCCUCGCCCACAGCUACGCCGCCGCUCCCUUGGCUCACGGCUACUCCCACGGCGUGGCCACCUACGGCGCUGUCGCCGCUCCUCUGGCUCACGGUGCCGUAGCUUACGGCGCUCACGCUGCUCCCCUCGCCUACAGCGCCGGAGUGUACGGCGCUCAUGUAGCUCCUCUCGCUCACGGUGCCGUCGCUUACGGCGCUCACGGCGCUCACGGACUGUAUGGCGCUCACUUGUACUAAAUAAUGUUAC